GUGCAAAGCUUAUCCGAGCCAUCUCCGUCCGUACUCUACCGUUCGUCUCUGUACCUUCUCCGUUCUUGUUUUUCGCCAUUAUCUUCCGACGAAGCUUUCGAGCUGCGCGGCAGAAGCCACGAGACCCGUUAUGCCUACGCUGGUUAUGGGCCAUCGUCUUUGAGAUGCUUUGUAAAUGCUGCUGUGUUUUUUGUACUGGGUCGUCGCGGCGAUCGCUCCGUGUUCGAUUAAAUGCCGCUUAGAGCUCAUUUGAAAGGGUAGAGGGUAGCGGGAAAUGAUGAGCAUGAGCCAACUUCUGCAUCCGCUCGGGGCCACGCUCUUCUUCAGCAAUGCCCGCGAUCCUCGGAGCCGCAUACUCAAAUGGGUUCCCCCAGAAUCAUGGUCUUGUGUCGGCAGAGAUGCUGGAUUUUCCAGACUCCUCGUUGCUGCUCAAUCGUCUCGGCAAGGUAAUUUCUCAUCUGCAGGUCCAAAUGAGACUUCUGCUAAACACAAGGCCUUUUUUAGGGAGCGAAGAGAAUCUGAUGCUCUCCCUUAUAUACAAACACUUGGGAAGUUUCCUAAGGAAGAGCUUGAGGAUAAAGUAGUCAUGGUCAGAUUUGAUUCUGCCAUAUUGCUUCGAGAAGAUCAGGACCAUACAGUUCAGUCAAACUUAUAUGCACAUCUAACCAUUAAAUAUUUACUGGAAGCCAGGGCUAGGAUUGUUCUCGUGAGUGAUUGGAAUGGUGGAAUCAAUUCAAAAUUUCUUGAUCUUCAGUCUGUUGCAGAGCACCUCUCAGUAGUCCUUGGGGUCAAUGUUGUGCCAUCGCACUGCCUUUCCCAUUACAGUCCACUUACAGAAGCUCUUGAGAAGAUGACGGUGCUUCUUCUUGAGAAUCUUUCUGAGUUUAAGGGGGAAGUUUGUAAUUCAUUAGAAUUUGCAGAGACUCUAUCAUCAGGAGUAGAUAUCUUUGUCAAUGACUCGUUUUCCCAGUCACAUAAAGUUCUUGCAUCUACUGUUGGCGUAACUCACUUUUGCUAUUCCUCUGUUGCUGGGUUUCAUUUUGAGGAGAGCCUGAGAAAACUGAAGAAUGCUCUGAAAAGUGACAAAAGGCCACAUAUAGCAAUUAUUGGAGGGACUAAUCUCUCCAACAAAGCAGCUGCGUUGUGCUCCUUGGCUUCUGUUUGUGACGGGCUGGUCUUUGUGGGAAUGAUGUCUUUUCAGAUUAUGCAUGCGUUGGGUCUCUUAGUUCCUUUAAACCAUUUGGAAUUAGGGGCUACCAAAGAAGCUUCAGAGUUAGUCCAAGUUGCACAAGAUAGGAACAUUCCUAUUUUAUAUCCAAAAGAUUUUUGGUGCCUGAAUGAAAAUGUUCCAGAUCAGUUGGAACUAUUUCCUGCUCAUGCACUUUCAAAAGGAUGGAUGCCUGUUGAUAUUGGACCCAGGACACUGGAUGAAAUAAAGACCCUGCUUAAAAAGUCCAAGCAGAAAGCCACGUGGAUUGGUCCAGUGAAAUUCAAGUCAUGCAAUUCAUCUGCAAUUGGAGCAAGUGAAUUGGCUUGUAUACUUUAUGCAUUAAGUCAAGAUGAUUGUGAUGUAACUAUAGUCGGUUCUGUAGCAACCAAAACAAUUACAGAUGAGUCAAGCUCUAUACCUGCUUUCUCUGUGAUUGAAAACGCUUCUGUAUGGUGGGAUUUCCUCAAAGGAAGAAAACUUCCUGGUGUCAUGGCCUUAGAUAGGGCAUACCCAUUUGAUAUUGAUUGGAAGUCUGUAUAUAGUGAACCUGCUCAACCUUUGGUAGUUGAUAUUGGAAGUGGUAACGGAUUAUUUCUGUUGGGAAUGGCUAAAAAGUGGAAGCAUCUUAAUUUUCUUGGUUUGGAGAUCAAUGAGAAGCUUGUGCGGCGCUGCUUAAUUGCUGUCCAUCAAUUGGACUUUAAGAAUGGAUACUUCAUUGCAACCAAUGCAACAUCCACAUUUCGCUCGAUUGUUUCCAAUUACCCUGGAGAAGUAAUUCUUGUCUCAAUACAGUGCCCGAACCCUGACUUUAACAAGCCAGAGCAUCGGUGGAGGAUGCUUCAAAAAUCAUUAGUUGAAGCAGUUGCUGAUCUCCUCAUCCCUAGUGGAAAGGUAUUUCUACAAUCUGACAUUAAAGCAGUUGCUGUAAGGAUGAAAGAGCAAUUUCUGAGAUAUGGCAAGGGGAAGCUUUCAAUUUUGCAGGCACAAGAUACCAGUACAAAUGGAGGGUGGCUUGAGGAGAACCCGUUUGGAAUUAGGUCAGAUUGGGAACAACACGUUCUAGAUCGUGGGGCCCCUAUGUAUAGGCUGAUGCUCUUGAAAUCGAACAAUGUGCAGUAAAGAUGUGGGAUUGACUGCUAUACAGCUACUGAGUGACUUUGUCCAAGUGAAAGUGGUUUGAUUUCAGAUGCUGGUCUGCAAAGGCUUGAAUCUGGAGCAACAAGAAGGCACUCUCCCAUUACUGCAUUUUUUGCAUCCAACCAAGCCAUGAAGCAUAAAAAUGUUUGUUAUGGAAAUGCAGUGAAAAUGGCAUUAUGCUCAAUUUCACGAGAAUUAUUGAGAUCAUUGGAUUGGAGCCAUUGGGAGAGUAGGGAAUGAAAUGCAUUAUCAGUGAGGAUUUCUCAGAAGAAACACAUGUUUUCAGCAAUGGUAGGGAUUGAAUGCAUCAUCUUCUGGAAAUGUAAUUGAGCAGCCAAAGCAUGCAAGAGAAGAGGAUAGUUUCUGAAUCUGGGCGAAGACAUCAGGGCGACUACUAAUAGUCAGCUGCAGUUAGUGGCUAAUUGAAAGGGUAGAACAAUAAAUAAAAAAAAGAAGAAAAAAAAGAAGAAAGAAAGGGUAGAACAAUGGUCAAAGGCUGUCUAUCAUCCUGCAUUUCUUGAUAUUCUGUCAUUGAUUACCCUCUGCCAUUAGUUGAGGCAGUUAAUCUGUAAUCUACCUUCUACUUAUUGUGGAUAGAACCUCUUAAUGUAAGACUUUGAUUGUUCGGAUGAUGCAACCGAGAAGUUUUCGAAAUGAAUGACUUCCUCUAAUAUACUGCAAA